GGCGCAGUGGGCGUCGGAAGUCGGUCCACGGGGUCGGCUUGCACAGCUUUUGAAUACUACUGUAAGUGGUUACAGGCUCAUGUUAGUGGGCCAAGCGAACGAUCAAGGUGCAAGCUCAUGGGAGUGGGCCAAGCGAACGGACAAGGUGCAGGCUCAUGGCAGUGGGCUAAGCGAACGGACAAGGUGCAGGCUCAUGGCAGUGGGCCAAGCGGACGGACAAGGAGCAGGCUCAUGGCAGUGGGCCAAGCGAACGGACAAGGUGCAGGCUCAUGGCAGUGGGCCAAGCGAAUGGACAAGGGGCAGGCUCAUGGCAGUGGGCCAGGCGAAAGGACAAGGUGCAAGCUCAUGGCAGUGGGCCAAGCGAACGGACAAGGUGCAGGCUCAUGGCAGUGGGCUAAGCGAACGGACAAGGUGCAGGCUCAUGGCAGUGGGCCAAGCGGACGGACAAGGAGCAGGCUCAUGGAAGUGGGCCAAGCGAACGGACAAGAUGCAGGCUCAUGGCAGUGGGCCAAGCGGACGGUGAAGGUGCAGCCUCAUGGCAGUGGGCCAAGUGGACGAUCAAGGUGCAGGCUCAUGGAAGUAAGCGAACGGACAAGGUGCAGGCUCAUGGCAGUGGGCCAAGCGGACGCACAAGGAGCAGGCUCAUGGGAGCGGGCCAAUCGAACGUACGAGGUGCAGGCUCAUGGCAGUGGGCCCAGCGAACGGACAAGAUGCAGGCUCAUGGCAGUGGGCCAAGCGAACGGCUCUUUUUUUUAAAUUGCCUUUUUUGCUCUUUUUUUAGCUUUAAAAGCAAUUUUUGCUGUUAUUCUAAAAAAGUUACCGCUACCCCGUGCUGCUACCCCUACUUUCCUUUUCCUUUUUUUUGUUAAAAAAAUGCCUUUUUUGCUCUUUUUUUUAACUUUUGUA